UUGAACUUUAUGUGUGUACUCUUCAAUGUCAAAGUUAGAAAAAAAAUCGAAUUUUUGAAUUCAAUAAUUGAAUUCAUAUAUUUUUUGUACAUAUUUAGUAUUUAAUAGUUUAUAGUUACUCGGUUAAUAUUUUUAAUAAGUAACUUUGAAAUGACUACCUUACUUUUACGAUCAGUUAUGAAAGGUGGAUUAUCUAAGCAUUUUAUAAAGAAAACCACACACUAUUCAAUUAAACUAGAGAGAGCUUCUAUCCACAUCUCUUCAUUUCUAUAUGUAAAAGGUCAAGAAAUCAAAAUGCCAUCUCUGUCUCCCACUAUGACUGAGGGUAAUAUUGUAAAGUGGUUGAAAAAAGAAGGAGAUACUAUUGCUGCAGGUGAUGUUCUGUGUGAAAUUCAAACUGAUAAGGCUAUUAUGUCCUUUGAGACCGAAGAAGAAGGGAUACUGGCAAAAAUUUUAGUUCCAAGUGAUGCUAAAGAAAUUAAAGUAGGUUCAUUAAUUGCACUUAUGGUAUCUGAGGGUGAAGAUUGGAAAAAUGUCGAAAUGCCUGAUUCAAAUAGUAAUGAAGUUAUUGCCAGUACAAUUGAAGAGGUAGAUGAAUCAAGCCAAUCAUCUGGAGGGAAUACACCUGGAACUGAAAUACGAAUGCCAUCCUUAUCUCCAACCAUGUCAGAAGGUACAAUUAUCAAAUGGUACAAAAAAGCUGGCGAUAAAGUAGCACCAGGAGAUGUUUUAUGUGAUAUUCAAACAGACAAAGCAGUUAUGUCUUUUGAAACUGAAGAAGAAGGAAUAUUAGCUAAAAUAUUGAUGGGUGAUGAUACCAAAGAUGUAAAAGUUGGUGAUUUAAUUGGACUUAUGGUAUCAGAAGGAGAAGAUUGGGCUGAUGUUCAAGUUCCUGGAAAAAAGAAAUCUAUUUCAUCAGAAUUGAAGAAAGAAUCUCAAACACAUAUUGAUACUAAACCAUUUUCAGGGCCAGUCACAAGACAUUCUUAUUCUGGUUAUAGUCCAGCAGUUAGAUCAAUUUUAGAGUUAUAUGCUAUUGAUGGUACUAAAAUUCAAGGAUCUGGAAAACAAGGAAAACUUCUUAAAGGCGAUGUAUUGUAUUAUAUUGCACAAAAUAAUUUGUCAAUAAAACCUCCUAACUUGGUACCUCUACCUGGAGAAACUCCAUCAAAAACAUCAGGAUCCAUAACAAUGGUAAGACCGCCUAAAGGAACAGGUUUUACUGACAUUCCAUUAACACCUAUGAGAAUGACUAUUGCUAAACGGUUGACUGAGUCAAAAACCAAAAUACCUCAUGCUUAUGCAACUGUUGAGAGCAAUAUUGAUUUACUGCUAGGACUUCGCAAGCAACUUAAAUAUGCUGGGAUUAGUGUUUCUGUAAAUGACUUUAUAAUUAAAGCUGUUGCUAUUGCCUUAAAGAAAUGUCCUUUAGUCAACUGUCAUUAUAUUAAUAAUCAAGUUGUUUUGCAACAAACUGCUGAUAUCUCUGUAGCAGUUGCUACUGAUUCAGGGCUUAUCACUCCAAUCAUAACUAAUGCCAAUAACAAAGAGAUAGAUGAAAUAUCAUCAGAAAUUAAAGAAUUGGCAGGAAGGGCUCGUAAAGGAAAAUUACAACUUCAUGAAUUCCAAGGAGGCAGUUUCACUAUUUCCAACCUAGGAAUGUUUAAUAUUUCUGAAUUUAGUGCAAUAAUAAACCCACCACAAUGCGGUAUAUUAGCUAUUGGAAGUGGACGUCCUGUUAUAGCUUUGAAUGGAAAACCCCAAUCAAUUAUGACAGCAACAUUAUCAUAUGAUUCUCGUGCUAUAAGUGAAUCCGCUGCUUCAGAUUUCUUAGAAACUUUACAAGAUUUGCUUCAAACUCCAGCCUCACUACUUUUAACAAAACAAACUCGUAAAGUUCAUGUAUCUAUUUGAUUUUGAAAAUUUAAUAAUACAAAGUAUUUUUGUUUCUUUAUUGUAUAGCUUAUAUUUUUUAUUAUUUUUUAUCUGAAUUAGACAAAUGAGCAUGAUUGUUAAAAAUUUUAAUUGCUGUUAUAUUUAUUUUGUCCAAUUCUGAUAUAAUAAAUGUUGAUAUUGAAAAUAUA